AUGGGCUACUACCGCGCAUCUUCCCAGCCGGGCACACUGCCUCUCGCGUUUGACCUGCUGGCGCGAGUAGGACAGAUCCUCAUGUUGCAAUUUCGACGACUUCGGCGCUCGGGGCGCAAUCGACGCCGCAUCAAGCUCCUUCUCAAAAUCGCCUUACCGCUCCUCGUCCUUUACCUCAUCGACCUGCCGAUUCACCUAUACCGUACGCGCGUUGCGCGCCCCGACCAUGAUCUCGACCAGCCGUUUGCGACGGGAUGUCUGGACCCGUCGGUGACCGCCGCGCAGCCGCGCGAAAACGCCACUUUUGUCAUGCUGGCGCGGAAUAGCGAGAUCGACGAUGCGAGAGCGACGGUGGAGAAUAUCGAAUGGCAUUUCAACCGGUGGUUCCACUACCCGAUCCUGUUCCUGAACGACGUUCCGUGGACGGAGGAAUUCAAGGAUGUUUUGAGCAGGGCCGUGAGUAACGGGACUGAGGUCAGGUUCGAGGUCAUCGAGAAGGGAAAGUGGGGGUUUCCCGAGGAGAUGAAUGAGAAGGAAAAGACGAAGGCCAAAUUGCAGAUGAAAAAGCAGGGUGAGAAGGGAGUGGGCUAUGGCGAUAUGGAGAGUUAUCACCACAUGUGUCGGUUCUACUCUGGCGAGUUCUAUAACCUCGAAGCCCUGAGGCCGUACAAGUGGUACUGGCGCCUCGAGCCGAGUGUCCGCUACAGCUGCGCCCUCACAUACGACCCCUUUGCCGAGAUGGCGCGUCGCAACAAGGUCUACGGCUGGACGAUAGCGCUCUGGGAGACGACCGACGACUACCGGAUCGAAAAGGGCAUUCCCCGGACGCCAGCCUGGAAUGCCUUGUUCCAAGUGAUGUGGUACCCGCGCCCGUCCGUUGUCUCAGAGCACGACAACGCAGGCAACAAGUGGAACAUGUGCCACUACUGGAGCAACUUCGAGAUCGCCAACCUGGACUUCUUCCGCGGGCGCGAAUACCAGGACUACUUCCGCUACCUGGACAGCAAAGGCGGCUUCUACUCGGAGCGCUGGGGCGACGCGCCGGUACACACGCUGGCCGUGCACAUGCUUCUCUCGCCCGAGAAGAUCCAUCAUUUCUCGGAUAUUGGCUACGAGCACGACACGCUUUGGCAGUGUCCCGGGAAUGCGCCGAUGGAUGAGCAACUGCUCGGUAACAAGGCGCUGGCAGACACGGGCAAGAUGACACCGCCGUCGGAGGGGGGGACGGGAUGCAGGUGCAAGUGCCGGGAGAAUAAGAGGAGGAGGAAUAUCAAUAGUGAGUGCACGAGCGAGCUGACGAGGCCGGUGGCGUUUCAUAGACCCAGUUGGUGGGAGAGGCAUAAUUGGGUUUAUCACUAUGCUGUGAAUAACCCUAAUAAUCCGAGGAAGUGA